GUGAGAUUUUCAACAAUAUGGAGUGUUUAAUAGGAAUUCAAGGUCCCGACUUUGUCCUGGUUGCUAGUGAUUCUGGUAGUGGGAGAAGUAUUAUACGCAUGAAAGAUGACCAGGACAAAAUGUUCAAGUUGAGCAGCAAACUGUUGAUGCUGGUGACUGGGGAAGCUGGAGACACAGUGCAGUUUGCUGAGUACAUGGAAAAAAAUAUACAGCUGUACAAGAUGAGAAAUGGCUAUGAACUUACUCCUCAUGCAGCAGCCAACUUCACAAGGCGGAACUUAGCAGAUGCUUUACGAAGUUCUUCUGCUUACCAAGUCAAUUUGCUGCUGGCUGGUUAUGAUGAUGCAGAAGGUCCAGAACUUUACUACAUGGACUGGCUGGCUUCUCUUCAAAAGAUUCCAUUUGCUGCACAUGGUUAUGGAUCAUUCUUCUCCCUGAGUAUCUUGGAUCGUUAUUACAAACCAGGUUUAAGCCGCGAAGAGGCUACGGAGCUUCUCAAGAAAUGCAUUGAAGAGGUACAAAGGCGUUUCUUGGUUCGUCUCCCAGAUUUCUUCGUCAGAAUAGUCGAUAAAGAUGGCGUCCAUGAUGUUUCUAUUCCCUCCAAAAGUUGAGAAAGGAAAAAAAACAAAUGUUGUCAGAAUACUUUGCAGCCCUUACUGUACAAUGUUCGUUAGACAUUGGAAGUAUAAGUGGUAUAGUUAUAACUGUAAAAAUGACUGUGGAAGUUUUUCGUUUUUGUACCGUAGCACAGCCGUGAUAAUAAAAUCAAAAUACUUCGUCAAUGUCGCGUCCUUGUGAGAGUAAAAUUUGUAAAACUUUGUACUUCAUGAGUUUGUUUUUGAUGAGCUGUCUCAUUACGGAUUGAUGAUGGACAGUUUUAUUUCUUGGGUCUUACAAGCCAACUUAUCUAGUUAAAAGGUAGCUGAUUGGUUAAUUCUUUACUUGUUAGUUCAUUCCAGAUUCUUUUUUGUUGUUCCAAAUAGGUUUUAGCUUGUGAUGAUUAUGACUAUUGACUUCACCAGAACACAGAACUAGUGUCUAGAAUUUAAAAUUAAACUGGGUUCUAUAUGAGCAAACACCGAUAAAAGCCGUUUUGUCUUCCAAGUUUGGGAUAAUCUUAGCGAGCUCAUGAACAUGUACUAUCAAAUUAAGUUGACAUAGCGUAAGAGCGUAGCUGGAAAAUCCUAAUCAACCUCAAUUGGGGCAUUUAACUGAAUAAGAAAUAAAGCAAACAAACAGAUCUUA